AUGAGGCAUCAGGCGAACGAUCGCUGUUAUGAGCGGAUUUGUGACAUAAAAGUUCAGAUACUACCAGAGACACUUGCCGAGGGGUAUUCAAAGCAGUUUGCAAGUCGUUUAGAAUAUACAGCUUCCUUAAGGCUUGAAGAGACUCCGAGGUACUCUGUUUGUGUGCAGCUGCUAAAUGAUCUGCUUACCGCACGCGGCGAGACCUUUGACCAUCAGUAUUCCUGGUUGGCGAACGUGGACCUACGGCUGACGGAGGAGACGAACGUUGGAGACGCAACGGAAGGCGGGGCUCUGGAGGAGCUUCCAUCUUCCACCGCACGGCGUAGCCACCGGCCAGUAUCGACAAAUGCAACACAGCACCAGCGCAUAACAUUUAAAAGGUAUGAGGGCGCAUGGGUUGGUCUGAUGGUGGGGGUGGGGCCGAAGCUUUACUGCGUAAGCUGCGCGGGACGUACAUCAUCACUUGCGCCAGUUAGUCUUUAUUGGCACUGUACUUUGUCCUUUUUACUUACCUCAGAUAAGAAAGAGAAAGGAACAAAACAGUGUCUCUACAAAAGAUUGGAGCUACUGGCCCUCUUUGUGUUACUGUGUUUUCAUAUAUAUAUAUAUACACACACACUUUUAAUACUUUUUCUUUACAUGUGUUGCUGGUUUUGA